CCGGAAGCGGCGGGGCCGGGCGGUCGCUGCCGCUCGCCCCGGGCCGGCUCCUCCGGCUCCUCCGGCCGCCAUCGCCGCCAUGGCCCGCGGCCCCUCGCCCGCCGAGAGCCUGCGGGAGUGGGAGGAGCUGCAGGACGGAUACCAGCGCAUCCAGGAUAAUCACAAGCUGUACAAGCAGAAACUCGAGGAGCUGACCAAGCUCCAGGAUGGGAUCUCCAGCUCCAUCUCACGGCAGAAGAAGCGGCUGAAGGAGCUUUCAUUGUCCCUCAAAAAAUGCAAAGCCCACGUGAGUCCCGAGCAGGAGGAAUCCAUCCAGGAGAUCCAGAACCUAAUAAAAGAGAGGCAGAACAUUUUCUUCGAGAUGGAGGCCUAUCUGCCAAAGAAGAAUGGGUUGUACCUGAGCCUGGUGCUGGGGAACGUGAACGUGACGCUGCUCAGCAAGCAGGCCAAGUUUGCAUAUAAAGAUGAGUAUGAGAAGUUCAAGCUCUACCUCACCAUCAUCUUACUCAUUGUCUCCUUCUCCUGUCGGUUCCUCCUCAACUCCAGGGUGACAGAUGCUGUCUUUAACUUCCUCCUGGUGUGGUACUACUGCACCCUCACCAUCCGGGAGAGCAUCUUGAUCAACAACGGAUCCAAAAUCAAAGGCUGGUGGGUUUUCCAUCACUACGUCUCCACCUUCCUCUCAGGGGUUAUGCUGACAUGGCCAGAUGGGCUCAUGUACCAGAUGUUCAGGAACCAGUUCCUCUCCUUCUCCAUGUACCAGAGCUUCGUGCAGUUCCUCCAGUACUACUACCAGAGCGGGUGCUUGUACCGGCUGCGGGCGCUGGGCGAGAGGCACAACAUGGACCUGACUGUGGAGGGCUUCCAGUCCUGGAUGUGGAGAGGCCUCACGUUCCUGCUUCCCUUCCUCUUCUUUGGACAGUUCUGGCAGCUCUACAAUGCUGUCACCCUCUUCCGCAUGAUCCAGCACCCGGAAUGCAAGGAGUGGCAGGUCCUCAUGUGUGGGAUCCCCUUCUUCAUCCUCUUCCUGGGGAACUUCUUCACCACUCUCCGUGUCGUCCACCAGAAGUUUCAGAACAAGAACCAAGACACAAAGCAGAAUUGAAGGGGAGCAGUGUGGGGGCCAGGACUGUUUCUCCCCACCAGCUCCAUCUCCCAUUCCCCUCUCCUCGAUGCCGUCCGGAUGCUGGUGUCUCACCCCAUUCCUUGGAAUCCUGGGUGUGGGACAGAGCUUGAGGCCUGCUCACCAACAGACAGGGUCUUCCCUGCAGUGCCAGAACCAUGCUGGAGUCACUCACCUGCAGGCAGGAGCACCCUGCAUCCUUUCCUGGCUGCCUUCCUCCUCCAGGAGAGCCUGGGUGCUGCCCUUCCUUCUCUUUGCCCUGGAGACACCAGGAUGGUUCCCGAGCUCUGCCAGCACUCCCCAUCCCACUGCAGGCAGGGAGCAGCCUGGGGUUCCCAGCUUGCAUCAACUCCCUCAGGACAGGGCAGUGCCCAGGGCUCGUGCUGCCUCUCAGGCCCAGCUCCUGGGGUGCUCAAGGCUCUCCCCAGGGCACCCCUGGGUGCUGAAGGCAGAGGUAAACAGGGUCUCACAUCACCCUGGCUGGAGGCAAUUGCUGUCCUAGCAGCCCCGUUGCCUUCCAAGGCAGCUGGAGGACACACCCACAAUGGGUUCCUUCAAGCUGUGGCCCUGCAGGGGCGGGAACAGCCUGAGCCUGCCCCAGGUGUCACCCUGGAGCUGUGCAAGCAGCACCCUGGCCUGGCACCUCUGGAUGCACACGCACAAAUAAAGGGAAGGUGCUGCCUCA